CGUUUGCUCUUCCCUCGUAUUUUCCACUCUCCUGAGGGGCCCCCUGCGACCACAAAAACCGCCUGAAGCCUCAAAAUUCCGCCUAUCCAUUAUCCUUGAAAAUUCAAAUUCCUCAGACAGAUGAAUACGUAAAGCUCAAUCAUCGAGGAAUCUCGCUGUGCCUUGGCUUAAAAAUCGAUUAUUUAAAAAAAUUGAAGAAAUUCACGUGCCCCGUGACAAAUUCAAUUUUAUUAUUUAAAGAGGUGCAGCAAGGUGUGGCGUGAGUGAGAGAAUAAACUUCACUCGCCCCUCUCGUACUUCACGAGUACCAAUUCCCUCUCUCUAUGGGCCUUAAAGCACUAUCCCCACCUCAAUUUACUCGCUACCUUUCCCUCCAGCCGCAAUUCCCAAGUCUGGUCGGCUCGAGUUCGGUCCAUUUUGGUGUUUCGCGCCGUGCGGUAAACAACACCAUCGUCGAUUACCACCUGAUACCGUUGAAAUAUUGAUUGUAAAAAAUUUUUUAAUCAGUAUUCAUGAUUUACGUUAGUGUGUACAAUGUGAAUGUUGGUUCAUCGAUGAUAAUUCAUUCGAGUGUCAGUGAUCCCCAGUGAAUCAGGUGUUUUUUUUUUUUGUUACUGUAAUACUCAGUUGUAUUUACUCAAUUAUUUCUUGUUGUUUAACGUCUACUCAUCUUUCAACUUCUCCUCUGGUUUUUGAUGUUAAUACUGCAUUUAUACCUCGGUACUUGCUCGAGCAUCGUGCACAGUGCGCGUACUGUAUUAUUAUUUUCUGGUUGAAAAAGGAAGGAGCAACGAAAGACAGAAAAGAAGAGAAGUGCAUUCUCCGUACCGGGCAUUUCAGUCAAGCGAUGGCCUUGAGGCUUCGCACCAGCAAAGAUGUCAAAAAAAGUUCCUACUACGUAUGGUACCUUGGUGCUAGGGAAGCAAAAGGGGUGGAUGCAAUGCCCGGUGCCAUAGCGUAUCUCCUCGAGCGUGAACGGCUUCAAGAGCCUUUCAAGGUCACACUUCAGGUAAGCAGCAAGGGACUGAAGAUCAUUCAGACGGUUCAUCCGGGCGCAUCGACGAGGUCUGCGGUGAAGCAUCUUGUGCCAGGUCAUGCAGUUCUUGCUGCCGUACAACGGGAGGAUGUUGUCGCCGCCACGCUUCUUCUUCCCAAUCCAGCCACCAAUAAUCCUGUUCAUGUUCACGCUUACAGAUGUGAUUCAGUGGAAACUGCCGAACUUCUGGGUGGCCAAUUAAAAGCCCUUGCCUCACACUCGGACAAUUCGACGAAGGUCAACGCCACAGACACCCGAGUCCGCAGUAAUUUGGGUAGCGAUGGUAGGAGUACCCGUGAAUCCGAAUCAUCAGAGGGUAGUGGUGAACAUCGGCACAUACCACCGCAAACUGCAACAAUAUACGAGUCACUUGCUGCUGAAUUGCGGGCUAAACUAGGUCGAGGUAAUGCAGGUGAUAACGACGUAGGCCCAAUUCUUCUUCCGCCCCGUGACUACGACACAGUCCAUCGGCAUCGUGGUAAUCUAGCGGGGAUUGAAUUUCGUCGUUGUUUGAAUCAAACAAUCGUGGGUGGUAAUACAGCCAUCGACAGAGGUGGUACACGUAGUGCAGCGAGUAGUGGUAUCGGUUCGGACAGCGCAGCGACACCGCCCCCCUACCAGUCACAUCAUCCACUCGGUCCACGACCUUCUCGACCGUCCAGGGACACCUCCUCGGAUGAAGACUGGGGUAAUGCUCCAGAAGAUCCCGAGUUCCUCCCAGAAACAACGAAUGUGGCGUUGCCACGUCUUCCCCGAAGCCCAGAGCGUCCGGUGGCUUUAACCCGAGGAGUCUCUCCGAACUCUCACAAUCGCGUACGGAGAGCCCCAGAACAUCGUCAGCGCUCCCCAAGCCCUCAGUACCAGCCAAAAGUUGAUCCACUUGAGGUGACGAGCCCUCGGGAGAGAUUUCAAGAUGCCAAGGAGAUGUUCAAGGCCAUGGAGAGGGAAAACCUCUCGCGAGGGAUCAUUACGAGGCCCAGAGAUCAAAGCGAUAAUCACGGAUUGCACAGAAUGGAUCAAUCGCGAUUGAUUCACGAGGACCGCACGAGUCGUCAUAUCUCCAACAAUUCGUCAUCCACUCCACUACAUCACGAGCACAUGAUUCGACGGAAUCACCCUGAGUUGGAACGUGAAAAAGAGCGGGAAAGGAGUGAUUACAGAAAUAGGCCGAGGGUCAGAGGACAGCAUUAUUCAUCGGAUCGUCCAGCUGAUCCUGAGGUCACGUCCAGACCCAGGCCUAGAAGUUUCUACGAUAAUUCCUCGAGUGGAAGGGAGCCGAGAGAGCAGAGACAUAUGAUUGAUCACAGAGAGACCCGAGAGGCCCGAGAUCGACACUCUCGUGACCUACGAGAGAAGCAAAGAGUCCGGCCAGUUUACCAGGACAUUCCGAGGCAUGAAAAAUACCUGGACCGCGAGACACGUCAGAGUAUGGAGAUUCUUCCGACUCCAGGACGUUAUCGUCACAGUUAUGCCGAGCCCCCGAGACUGGGCCUGGCUGCACUCGAUCCAUAUUGAAACUUAAUUAAAAAAUCAGUGAAAAUAAACUGAAAAUUCUCGUGAGGGGAAUGAGAAAAAUAAAAGUUAUAGUACACGGAAAGAAAUUUAACAAAAAAAUGCUAUGUUAAUAUUGCUUGGAUUUGAAGACAUCCUAAAAUUGUCUCCUCUCUAUUUUAUUAUGUUAUUCUUUAAAUUUUUUUUUAAAGUAAAUUUUAAUCUUCUACCUUCUUCUUUAAUUUUCUACCUUCUAUCAAAAUUUUUUCAAAAUUUUCUAUGAAUAAUCCUAAUAAGUGCCAGAACGUCAAUAAAGUUUUGUAAUAUUCGGUUCGUUUUUCUACUUAUUACCAUAGAAAAAUUCAAUUCUUCGCAUUGUAAAAAAAAUACUAUUUCUUUAAUUUUUCAAAGCUGAUUUCAAAAAUAAAUUGAGGAUUAUUCAAUAGUAGUUUUGAUAUGUUAUAUUAGCAUUAUUGAAAACAUCUAUCUUCAUCGAUUUUAAACUCUUUUUAUACUGCGAACUAAAAUGAAAAGUACGAUGUUGAAUGAUUAAAAAACUAAUCGCAUUUUCCCAAAUUUUUGCUGUAGCAUUUUUUAAUUUUAAUAUGUUACAUAUGAAAUUUUCAAAUAAAUGACGUAUGGUCUUGCAGUGCGAUGUUCCAUAGCAAUUUUACUGCGGUAGCAUUUUAUAAAUUACUAACAAUUUCUUUCCGUGUAAACCGAGGAAAAAUGAGCAAAAUGCACUGCGAGAAAAAUAUAAUUUUGCCAAGCAAAUAUUUUUAAAGCGAAUUUUUUAAUAGGAAACAAAUGUGAUUUCCAAAAUAAUAUUUUUUUCUCAGUGUGGACUUACAAAAUUCACAGAACAUAUUUUGCACGGAGAGAAAAGUCAUAGAUAAAUUACUGUGCCGAGCAGUAGAAUCGAGGCCCAAAAUGCAAAAACACUAGAAUGUUUUAUUGACACAUGAAAAUUCCAAUCAAUACCAUCAAUUUUUUAAUUAAUGAUAUGUGGCUCCGUAAAAUUUACGGAACAGCACUAUAAAAUUUAAAAGUAUAUCAUUUUUUAUUUGAGUUUAAAUGAACAAUUAAUCGAAAGUCUUGAAAAAUUUUUAUUUAGAUAAAUUUUCGUCAACUCAUUGCGAUUGGUUAACGAUGAGCGCCGAAUAUCUCCGAUUAUUGCCGACGUUGGACUCCCUCAUGGCACCUGUAGCAUCAGCCAUUUAGCGUCCAUCUUCCCUUUGCCCAUUAGAAUUUUUACACGUUCGAUAUAGAAGUUCUCCUAAGCCGAUAAUCAAAUUUGACUAAGCGACUCAGUAAUUUUGCUCGUAAUCACACAAUAAAAAUUCACAGAUUUUUCUCUCCGUGUGAGGUCACAAAACUGAUAAGGAGAUGUGAAGUAUUUUCUGUCCCACUGAUUAAUGGAUUAAUGAAGUAUUAAUUAACCGAUAUAUCGUUGAAACACU